CCAAAGUCCAGGAAGAGAUUGACUGUGUGAUUGGUAGACACAGGAGCCCCUGCAUGCAGGACAGGCAUAGCAUGCCCUACACUGAUGCUGUGUUGCAUGAGAUCCAGAGAUACAUUGACCUCCUUCCCACCAGCCUUCCCCAUGCAGUGACCCGUGACGUGAAAUUCAGAGAUUAUCUCAUUCCCAAGGGUACCACUGUCAUAGCGUCACUGACUUCUGUGCUGUAUGAUGAUAAAGAAUUCCCCAACCCAGAGAGGUUUGAUCCUAGUAACUUUCUGGAUGAGAGUGGAAAGUUUAAGAAAAGUGACUACUUUUUUCCUUUCUCAACAGGAAAACGGAUUUGUGUGGGAGAGGGUCUGGCUCGAACAGAAUUAUUUUUAUUCUUGACCACCAUUUUACAGAACUUUAACUUGAAAUCUCCAGUUGAUCUGAAAGACCUUGAUACUACUCCAGUUGCCAAUGGAUUUGCUUCUGUGCCACCCAAGUUCCAGAUAUGCUUCAUUCCCGUCUAAAUGGAUUUCCCCUAAAGACUUUUCCUUGAGGGUAUAGCUCACCUCUUCUGUCAGGCAUGUCUCUCUGACCCUAUCACCAGAGUUCUGGGAUUCCAUAUAUAUCCCUGCACAAACUGAUCUAUGUCCUUCUUUAUUUAUAAGGCAAAUAGUGAUAAACUAAAAUAAUACAUCAAGAUGUUUCUUCAACAAAAUACACACAAAGAAAGCAUGACAUCUCUGACCUUCUAUCUCUUCAAGAUACAGAAAAUGCCUAUCUUCUAUUUAAGGCAAUUUUUAGGGUUACUGCAAAACAAGUCUGCAAUUCCCUAUGCUAUGCAAUGAUUUAUUGAUUUCAGCCCUGUUCUUAUCUGAUGGUGAAUUACUAACAUAUUAUUAUUUUAAAACUGAGAAAUAUGACAGUUUUUAAAGCACUGUGUGUUUUAAAUAAAAGUAUUAUAAUUCUGG